ACAUUAGCACUAGGCCUGCUCCUCCUUUUUUCCCCGGCGCACAGCAAUUACGUGUAAACUACCAGUCCCAUGAUCCCCGGCGUCGUCAGACAGGAAGAACGUGUGUUAGCAGGGGCUCACACUGAUCCAAGUUAGGAGCUCUCAGCUGCUGGCCUUGGCCCAUCAUGUAAGUGGCUGCCGAGGUUUCUUUGCAGAGCGGUUGCAGAAAACCCCUUGUUUUCGUUUCGUGCAAUUGAAGGGCCAGCCUUUGCACGGAGAACAAGUUACCCGACGCCCAAAGGCUCCGAGUGCAUGAAGAUCGCGGCUUGUAUUUUGCACCUUUGUUGCAAGCAAGCCCGCUUGAAGCCUCACUGCGAGGGAUAGAUGGAAGGAGGGAGCGACAAGGAAAGCAAAGUCUUUUGUGCUUCCCCUUCCCCCAACCCAAAAGAGGAGAUGUCGCUGCCAAAACCAGGUAAAAAGAAGCCACCACUCAAGCUUCCAAAAGAGGUGUUUGAGAAACCCCAACCUGCUCCUACACCCCCGAGAGACCUGGACUCUAAAGCCUAUGUUACUAUUGGAGAAAAGAACUUUGUGGUGAAGGCGGAUGAUUUGGAGCAGAUUGGAGAGUUGGGGCGAGGGGCGUAUGGAGUGGUGGACAAGAUGAAACACGUCCCAAGUGGAGUAAUAAUGGCAGUAAAGCGAAUCCGGGCCACAGUAAACACACAGGAGCAGAAACGGCUGCUAAUGGAUCUGGACAUCUCAAUGAGAACAGUCGACUGCUUUUAUACCGUUACCUUCUAUGGAGCCCUGUUCAGAGAGGGUGAUGUGUGGAUCUGCAUGGAGCUGAUGGACACCUCUCUAGAUAAAUUCUAUAAACAGGUGCAGGAAAAGGGUAUGACCAUCCCUGAAGACAUCCUGGGAAAGAUCACCGUAUCUAUCGUGAAAGCAUUGGAGCAUCUCCACAGCAACCUGUCAGUGAUACACAGAGAUGUGAAACCCUCUAAUGUCCUGAUAAACAUGCAGGGUCAGGUGAAAAUGUGUGAUUUUGGCAUCAGCGGGUACCUUGUGGAUUCAGUGGCGAAGACAAUGGAUGCCGGCUGCAAGCCAUACAUGGCGCCUGAGAGAAUCAACCCAGAGACCAAUCAGAAAGGCUACAACGUCAAGUCUGAUAUCUGGAGUUUAGGAAUCACAAUGAUCGAGCUGGCCAUUCUGCGGUUUCCCUAUGACUCGUGGGGAACGCCAUUUCAGCAGCUGAAGCAGGUGGUUGAAGAGCCGUCGCCCCAGCUGCCUGCAGACCGCUUCUCACCCGAGUUUGUGGACUUCACGUCACAAUGCUUAAGGAAGAAUUCCAAAGAGCGGCCAACUUACACAGAACUAAUGCAAAAUCCCUUUUUCACUCUCCAUGACUCCAAAGACACCGACGUCGCUAGCUUUGUGAAGAGCAUCCUCGGGGACUGAGAACGUCCCUCUCAGCAAAACUGAUGUGUUGCUGCGGGGGGAGACGGGACUAUUUCAGAAAAAGCACCAAUAGCAAGACUAACAUCUGUAAGACACGCCCACCUCAGCAGACAGCAGUGAACAGGCACACAGGAGGGUCUGGGGGAAAGAACACCGAAAGUGAGGGUGGGCGGGGCGUUUCCUAGCAACACACGGAAUAGGGCAUGGGGCGGGAAUCUCAGCGCGUGCGUGCAUGUAUGUGUAGGUGCGUGUGUGAGAAUAAGCGCGUUUGUGUGUGAGUGUGUGUAAAUUCUUCACCUGCCUGUAUGUGCAUACAUGUGCAUUAAAAGGUUUUACAGUCCCAAGUCAAACUUCAUCUGUUGUUCAAUCUCAGUCCUCCUCCAGCUUUACCUCUCAAUCCAAAAAGCAGUAAAAAGCAGUUUUAGCAUCAGGGGAGUCUGCUAUAGAUGUCUGUUGAGUUUCCCCAGUGGCACUUCAGUGUAAUUCUUAAAGUAUUCAGAAAUGUUACCCACCCCCACAAUGUCCAUUUCUUCUUCUUCUUAAAAAAAAAAUAUAUAUAUAUAUAUAUAUAUAUAAAGAGAGAGAGAGAGAGAGAGUGUGGUAUAGAUAUAUUUAUCUAUUAUCUAGAUAUGUAUAUACUCAAAAAAAAAACAUUAAAUACAUUUGUUAAAUGAGGACAAUAUUCUGUGUUGGCUGUAAGAAGUGAUGGUUAUUAAAGUGAAUGAUUGGAGCAUC